CCUCUUCGUUCUCCUGUUGAGGCUCAGUGGUCUGAGAGUGUGGCUGGGUGAAUCGCAGGGUGUCCGUCGUCUGUCUGACUGUCUGUGUGGAUUCGGUUGGUUGGAUCGCCCCUUGAUCCUCAUUCGCCUUCUGUCCGUACUCGUGGUUGAGCCUGCUGCUGACCCGCCCCCUUCCCGCCCCUCCGCUCACCUCCGCUCUGCAAGAUGGCGAUGUCCGGUGUGAAACUCACCAAUGAGUGCCAGAAUACGUAUCAGGCCAUUCAAAAGGACAAGAAAUUCCGUUAUGCCAUCUUCAAAAUUGCCGACGGCGAGAUCUGUCUGGACAAGACGGGUGAUCGCGCCAACACCUACGAGCAAUUUUUGGAUGACCUCCAAGUCAAAGACGGUGAGAACGACGAUUGCCGUUAUGCCGUGUAUGAUUAUGAUUACGUUCAACAAGCCGAGGGCACGGAGGCCUCUUACCGGUCCAAGUUGUUCCUGAUGUCUUGGUGUCCGGAUUCGGCCAAAAUCAAGAAGAAGAUGAUCUACUCGUCCUCGUUCGAUACGCUGAAAAAGGCGUUCGUGGGCGUGCACAAGGUGAUCCAGUCCAACGGCGUGGACGAGCUCGAGCAAUCCUACAUCGAAGGCAUCCUCAAGUCCACUGACCGGAAAUAGAGCCGACCGGUUGGCCACACAUAGAACAACAACAACAACAAACUUGAGCACCCUCCUUCACCUUUCGUGUCAUUGUCCAACUCGUUGAGUGAGGAGGUUCUUCCCUAAAGGAGUCGAUGAUUGAGCUCCUCUCCAUUUCCCGGUCAUUCUCGCACUCGUUCCGGAGAAAAGAGAUCAGCUGAAUGAGCGAUUCUUUUACGAACCAAAAAAAAACACAUUACAAAACUCAUUUGUCCAACACCGUUAAUCAUGUGAACAAGCGCGGCGGAUUCGUCCACAUCAGUAUCAAUUCCAUCACCACCAACUUACCAACCAAUCCAUGACCACCCCGAUUUUAUUUUUCUAACGCUUUUCUCGCCCCCACCCCUCCCUGCCCCCCUCCGAAAGAAAUCUGUGCGCAAAACCAAGGAAUCCAUCGUUUUUUUUGGCCUGGGCUAACCUAACCCUCUCGGAUACCCAUCUUUUGAAGGCAUUUUUUUAUGGCCGGUUAUUCCUGGAAAUCGGUGGAAACGCUGGAAGCAUUCCGAAUACCACCCACCACCACAUGUCGGUCCUUUAGAUACAUCUUGGGCCGACGGCCCCACCAUUUUUAUAUGAAAAUGUCUUUGUACGACCCCAUUUCCCCCCUCAACAAACAAAUUGAUCAUAGUCCAUGUCCAUUAUUAAUGAUCGUGUAAGCGAGCCAAUCGUCUGCUGCAUUUGCUAUUGAAUACCAAAUAUUUUUCAAGGGAUAUUAAUAAAUCUGUUCUGGUGUCAAAUCUA